CAGUCGCACCGUUGACAGUGGGGUUCAGCUUCGACAUUCGCUAUCCCAGAACAUUAAGUGUCUCGGACUCGGAGGCAGCAGGGUCCCAUUUCGGUUAUCGUGUCUGUCAGUUUGGACCGGCGCAGGGAGGCAGCAGUGUGUUGGUCACCGCUCCUUUUCAAGACAAUCGGACAGGAGUGGUUUACAGAUGUUCUUAUGACAGUGGCACUUGUAAAGCUCUACCUGUACAAGUGGAGCCAGGAGUUUCAUUAGGAUUGUCACUAGCUUGUAAUGCUGACAGAGCUAUGGUGUGUGGACCACGGCAGCUCCAUGGCUGUGAUACUCUAAACUACCUCCAAGGACUUUGUGUUGAGCUGGGGCCACAGCUUACGGUCUCACAAACACUGAAGCCUGCCUUUCAAGAGUGCCGUGAGUUUGGCUUGGAUGCAGUGAUUCUGUUUGACGGUUCUCAGAGUAUCAUAACCAGAGACUUUGUCACCAUGAUCGACUUCAUCAAGAACAUUAUUCGGAUGUUCACUGCCCCCCGUGCACAGGUGGCAGUUGCUCAGUAUUCGACAGACACCAGUGCUGUCUUCCACUUUGAGGACUUUGUGUCUGACCCUAACCCUGACAACCUGAUGCGAUCCGUGGACCAUUUCCAGGAGGCGACAUACACCCCAUCAGCCAUCCGCUAUGUUCUAGAAGAGAUGAUGACAGAAGAACGGGGGAUGAGGAAACAUUCCAGGAAGCUGUUGGUUGUGAUAACAGACGGCAAAUCUAACGACCCUAAAGAGACCUUUAACUCUGUCAUACCAUUGGCCGAGAUGAAGGACGUCAUCAGAUUUGCCAUUGGGGUUGGGAAGCAAUUCUCUAGACAAGAGCUUGAGCAGAUUGCGUCUUUCCCAAACUUUGUAUUUGAGACCAACAGUUUUGAUGCUCUGCAAUCCAUUCAGAAUGAGCUUAGGGAGAAGAUCUUUGCAAUUGAAGGAACUAACUCCACCAACUCCAGUUCUUUUGAACAGGAACUGUCCCAGGGAGGCUUUAGUACCACUCUCUCUGGGGGUGUGUCUCUGUUUGGGGCAGUAGGGUCAUACUCAUGGUCUGGGGGCAUUGUGGAGGUAGCCAGAGGGGCGAAUGCCACGUUCAUCAAUGCCUCUGCACUGGAGACAGACAUGCAGAACUCCUAUCUGGGCUAUUCAGUGGCAGUGGCAGAGACAGUGAAUGGCAGUAUAUAUUUUGCUGGAGCUCCCAGGUUCAACCACACUGGGCUGGUCAUGGUCUUCCAGAGGGAUCCUCUCCAACAGGAGUGGACUGUCACCCACAGGAUACCUGGGUCUCAGCUUGGUUCCUACUUCGGGGCAGAGCUGUGUGUGUUAGAGAUCCAUGCUGGGCCAGGGGAGGGCCGUGCUGAGCUGCUGGUUGUUGGGGCUCCUUGGUAUCAUGCCCAGGGUGUUGGGGGAGAGGUCCACGUCUGUACCCUGGAGACUGGAGCACCCAACUGCUCCCUCACCCUGCGUGGAGUCCAGGGGAACGUCCAUGGUCAGUUUGGGACGUCUCUGUCCCCCUGUCCAGACCUGAAUGGGGACGGGUUGCCGGAGCUGGCUGUAGGAGCCCCACUGGAGGACAGAGGACAUGGGAGUGUUUACAUCUUCCUGGGAUGCCCUUGGGGCAUCCAGGCCAAAUACAGUCAGAGGAUCCAGGGAGUGAGCGGGAGAGCGGGUAGAGGGCUGCAGUUCUUUGGGGUUUCGGUGCACUCUGCUGGGGAUCUGAACUCAGACGGACUGGCUGAUAUGGUGGUGGGAGCUAAAGGAGCCGCUUUCAUACUGAGGUCCCAGCCAGUGAUGCGUGUGUUGGUGUCUGUCACCAUGGACCCUCCCAUGAUCUCCCAGAACUACUUCCACUGUGCUGUCCCCAUGGCCCUGAACACUCCCGUAACCACAGCCAUUCUGUGUGUCACUGUCACUGGGGCCCACGUGGGAAACAUACAGGCUUCUCUCCAGGCAUCAGUGUCUGUGACAGUGGAUCUACUGGAGGAUCAGACCAGGACCAGGCCAGCCCGUCUGCUCUUCUACCCCAGAUCAACAUCCUCCAGCUGGGUUGAAACAGUUACAGGCACUGCCUGCCACAACUUCUCCCUCAGUAUCCCGGAGUGUAUAUCAGACUACCGUGAGGUGCCUCUGUCUGUUCAAAUGGCUGUGGAGGGCCUGGAGGUACCAGGGACAGGAGGACUGAAGUCAGUCCUGAGCCCAGACAACCCAACCUCUUUUGCACACAUGAUCUUGCUGGAGAAGGUUUGUGGCGAGGACCAUGUGUGUGUCUCUGACUUAUCAGUCAACGUCACCAGUCCAGAGGUGGUGUGUAGCGAAGGUUUCCCAAUAGAAGUAGAGGUAGAGGUGGCUAACAGUGGAGAGGAUUCCUCUGAGGCUGAGCUGACACUGGUCCACCCCUCCUCCAUACCCUUUGUUCCUACCAAACGGCCAUCAGGACCAGGCCAGGUGGCUGUUUGGUGUGUGUCUAAUACCACAGGACUAGAAAACAUCACACACACAGUGUGUCCUCUCAGCUCUUCCGUCCUGAGACAGGGGGCACGGGUGACAGUGUUGAUGUCAUUCACAGUGUUUGAGCCAACCUGUUUGAGAGAAAGACUGGCUUUAAAUGUGUUUGUUACUACUGAUAAUGAAGGACAGGGCACCCUUCAGGAUAACUAUGCAAGUGCCUCUGUCGAUGUCAAACUUCCUAUCAAUAUUGUUGUGAAAGGGGGAGACUCCUCCCAAUACAUAACUUUCCCAGACAACAAGCUUCUGGAGCACAUAUACAUGGUGGAGAAUUUUGGAGAUGUGGCAGCACCGGUCAAUGUAACAUUUGUGAUUCCAGUGGAGUUGGACUCUGGUUACCUGUGGAAUGUGUCUCUUCCUCAAACAGAUAACAGCAGAGGAAAGUGUGAGAGGAAGGAGGUAUUCUCUAAACAGGAAAAAAACACUCUGUUUUAUCAGCACUGUAGUGGGGUCAUCUGUCAUCUGGUUGGCUGCACCAUAGGACUGUCAUCCAACAAUCAGCCAACCAUCUUCAAGUUUGUUGGGAAUAUCAGUAGAAACUCAGAGGGUUCAGCGGUGCAGGUGGAGGUGGUCAGUUGGGGGUCGCUGUCCUUCGACCAGAGUGUCUACUCCCAGUACCCUGCCGUUGGUUCUCAGAGUGUGAAGAUUCUGUCCAUUCUGGAGACAACUCCUGAAUCCCACACUGCUCUCAUUGCUUCUAUCAGUGUUGUGUUUUCACUGUUGCUACUGAUGAUAAUCUCUGGGUUUCUCUACAAGAAGGGUUUUUUCAAGAGCAGAAGAAUUGCCUCUGGUGGUGUUGAUUAUAGUCCAGCUGUUCCUGGUCGGACUGCAGCCCCUGAUGAUGACCAUGGUCUGACCGCUGAUAUUACCUCACUGGGGGAGAACACCCUGUAGCCCAGUGGCGGUCAGUGCCGUUUAAGUUGAGGGAGGAAGAUUUUUUUCAUGCGCAUGGCCUUAUUUCUAUUACAGCAUAUUGGAUGACAGUCAUUCAUAUUCUAUUCACCCAGUCCAAUGUAACAUUAGAUAGGUUUAGGCUACUACAUGAUACUAGAAUUUCCCUGUACACAUCAUGAGGGUUCUACAACCUAGCCUAUGAAUGAAAGUUUACAACGUAGGUGCACACAGGUCAAGAGACACAUUUGAAGUGACAGACUGUGACACAUGGACAGACAGUGACACCUUACACACUCUUGCCUUCAUCUAGCUGAUACAAGGUGUAGUCAUUAGUCCAACAUUUGCAAACAAAAGUUUCUAAUGGACAAAUUCAAGUAUUUUUAUCCCCGUUUUGUUCCGUUUAAGAAACGUGUUUCGGCAGAAUGAAUACACCCCUGAUCACGCGUAAACACAGUUCACUUUCAUAGCAGCCACGUUGUAUUCCUUCUCGCAUCCAUGCACUCUCCUCCUCUCACCUCUUCCCUUCACUUGUGGGCUCCAAUGCACAUCAACUGUAUGUGACCAGAUGAAAAUAGCUUUCCAAGCCAAACCGCUACACACAGCCUAUAGCUAGUAGAACUAACGUGUUAGUAAACCCGCUACAAUCAUGCAGUGAUGUUAGUGUACAGUCAGUCAUUUAAAAAAAUUAACCUUUUAUUUAACUAGGCAAGUCACUAAAGAACAAAUUCUUAUUUACAAUGACAGCCUACUUGUAAAGCCCCCCCCGGCCAACUCCUCUCCUAACCCAAUCGCGGCCAAUACUCCCGAUACAGCCCGGGAUUGAACCUGGGUCUAUAGUGAUGCCUCUAGCACUGUAAUGCAGUGCCUUAGACCGCUGCGCCACUCGGGAGGCCAUAAGCCAUUACACCGGUGGGCCUUGGUGGCAAUAAAUUAGUAAUACCAUAAGCUUACCUUGACUUGGAAGAGUUCAGGUGUUGUGUUGGAAAGUCAUAGCCAGCUAAAGCCUCUUAAGGAUCAGACCCUUUUUUUCCAA